UUCUUCCCCGUCCUCUCUCUGUUCAGAGCCUCACUUAGCAACUGAACUUUCCGGCCACUUUCACCGGAACCUAAAUUAUUUGAGUUCUCUGGCAAGGCUCUUCAAUGCCGCGCUUUGGGAAUUUCUAGUUCCUCAGAUCCGAACUUUCUUUAUAAGUUCCUCCCUCUUCUCGUCUUCUCCUCAAGCUCUUGGAGUCUGAAGCUUAAAGCCUCUGCUUUGAAGGAGAUUUCUACGGUCCUUUUGAAGCUUCAAUUUCUCCGAAGAAAAUACCAGAAAGAGAACCCUUUCUUUUGCUUUAAACUGCUUUUGAGUGUGUUCUCUAUGCUCCGAAUCUAACCAUUAAAGAAGUAAAGCAACUUCUUUUCUUCUUCGGCUGUGGUUUUACAGUGUUUUUAGCUCUUGAUGUUCGGCGUCCGUCAUUGUUUGUUCCGUUUCUAGCUCUAAAGCUUACAUGGGUUUGUAGUUUACUUGCCUUUUUUCUGGUUAAUUUUCUCGGAAGCAAAACAAUGCGAGCAAUGUCGAACUGGAAGUGGCUUUUUGGUGCGUUAUUUAUGUCUGUUUUAGUUUCUUCACAAUCCUUGAGAUCACUGAACCCGUCCUUGAGCGACGACGUUCUGGGGCUAAUUGUGUUCAAGGCGGACAUUCAAGAUCCACUAGGAAAGUUAACGUCUUGGAAUGAAGAUGAUGCUGUUCCUUGCAGCUGGAGAGGCGUCAAAUGCAACCCGAGAUCCAACCGGGUCACGGAGCUCAUUCUUGAUGGUUUUUCCCUCUCUGGUAGAAUUGGUCGUGGCCUUCUGCAGCUCCAGUUUCUACGGAAGCUCUCACUCUCAAAGAACAAUCUCACCGGAACUAUAAACCCCAAUCUCACGAUGCUCGAGUACCUUAGAACAGUAGAUGUAAGUGAGAAUAGCCUCUCUGGGUCGAUUUCAGACGAUUUUUUCAAGCAAUGCGGGUCUCUAAGAGUAAUUUCGCUAGCAAAGAAUCAGUUUAUGGGGAAGGUUCCAGGUAGCUUAAGUUCAUGUUCAACUCUAGUUGCUGUUAAUUUGUCUUCAAAUCAGUUUUCGGGUCCUUUACCCUCUGGAAUUUGGGAGUUGAAUGUGCUUAGAUCACUUGAUUUGUCUGAUAAUUUGUUGGACGGUGAGAUUCCAAAGGGGAUUGAAGCCGCAAAAAAUUUGCGGGCCAUCAAUCUGAGCAACAACCAGCUCACUGGGCGUGUUCCUGAUGGUAUUGGUAGUUGUUUGCUGUUGAGAUCUGUUGAUCUUAGUGAUAAUUCCCUCUCCGGGAACCUUCCACAGACAAUGCAGAAGCUUAGCUUGUGUAAGUACCUGAGCUUGAGCAAGAAUUCUUUUGAGGGUGAGGUGCCUAAGUGGAUAGGAGAAAUGAAAAGUCUUGAGAAAUUGGAUCUCUCUGGGAAUAGAUUUCUGGGUCAAAUUCCGACUUCCAUUGGAAAUCUUCAGUCACUGAAAGCAUUAGACUUUUCCGCAAAUGGUUUCACCGGGAGCUUGCCAAAGUCUAUAGAAAAUUGUGAGAACCUUUUGGCUUUAGAUUGUAGCCGCAAUUUACUUGCUGGUGAUCUUCCCGAAUGGGUUUUUUCAGAUGAUAAACUUAAGCUACAAGUUCUGGAUUUGUCAGGCAAUGGGUUUUCCGGUGUAAUGUUUCCUGCCAUUGGGUAUUCAAGCAGCUUGCAGUUGUUGAAUUUGUCUAGGAACUUUCUGGUGGGUACCAUUCCAUUGACAAUCGGAGAAAUGAAGGCCUUGAAUGUUUUUGACUUGAGUGACAAUCAGCUAAAUGGUAGCAUUCCUCUUGGAAUCGGUGGAGCUUAUUCUUUGCGGGAAUUGAGACUGGAGAGGAACAAACUAUCUGGGAAUAUUCCUGUUUCAAUUGGAAACUGUUCUGCAUUAACUUCUAUGAUCCUGUCUCAGAACGACUUUACUGGCCCAAUACCUGUAGCUUUGGCUGAACUUACAAACCUACAGAAUGUGGACUUGUCUUUUAACAAACUAACUGGCAGCCUUCCUAAGCAGCUGGCCAAUCUUGUCCACCUCGUUUCCUUCAACAUCUCUCAUAACAAUUUUCAGGGUGAAGUACCUGCUGGUGGUUUUUUUAACACCAUAUCACCUUUCUCAGUCUCUGGCAAUCCAUCUCUUUGUGGCGCUUUUGUUGAUAGGUCUUGCUCAGCUGUCCUUCCUAAACCCAUUGUUCUUAAUCCCAAUUCGUCUUCUGACUCCACUGCUGGCACAUUACCCACAAAUCCCAGUCAUAAGAGAAUUACCCUUAGCAUAUCUGCCCUCAUUGCCAUUGGUGCAGCUGCUGUCAUCGUCGUUGGUGUGAUUGCCAUCACUGUCCUUAAUCUCCGAGUUCGUUCAUCCACAUCUAGAUCUGCAGUAGCCAUCACAUUAUCAGCGGGAGAAGAUUUCAGCUGCUCCCCAACCACAGAUGCCAACUCUGGCAAGCUUGUAAUGUUCUCGGGUGAUCCUGACUUCAGCACUGGUGCACACACUCUCCUCAACAAGGACUGCGAGCUUGGGCGUGGUGGAUUUGGAGCUGUCUACCGGGCAGUUCUACGAGAUGGGCGUCCAGUUGCAAUCAAGAAACUAACUGUUUCAAGCCUUGUGAAAUCCCAGGAAGACUUUGAAAAGGAAGUUAAGAAACUCGGAAAAGUUGGGCACCCCAAUCUUGUGGCACUUGAAGGAUAUUACUGGACCACAUCAUUACAGCUCCUCAUAUAUGAAUUUGUCUCUGGUGGAAGUUUGUAUAAGCAUAUUCAUCAAGGAUCAGGUGGAAAUUUCCUUUCAUGGAAUGAAAGGUUCAAUAUAAUUCUUGGCACCGCAAAAAGCCUGGCUUAUUUGCACCAAUCAAACAUCGUCCACUACAACAUAAAAUCAUGCAAUGUUCUGAUUGACGGUUCAGGUGAACCCAAGCUAGGAGAUUAUGGUCUAGCUAGAUUGUUGCCAAUGCUGGAUCGUUAUGUAUUGAGCAGUAAGAUACAGAGUGCACUUGGCUACAUGGCGCCUGAAUUUGCCUGCAGAACGGUGAAGAUAACGGAGAAAUGUGAUGUGUAUGGUUUUGGUGUUCUGGUUCUUGAAGUGGUCACAGGUAAGAGGCCUGUUGAAUACAUGGAAGACGACGUGGUAGUGCUUUGUGACAUAGUCAGAGGAGCAUUGGAAGAAGGCAGGGUGGAAGACUGCGUUGACGGGAAGCUUGAGGGAAGUUUUCAGGCAGAGGAGGCAAUUCCGGUAAUCAAGUUAGGCUUAAUUUGCACUUCACAAGUACCAUCAAACCGGCCAGACAUGGCAGAGUGAAGGGUGAACUUGACAUGGGCAGUUGCACAGGCAUGGCUGUUCCAUAUACUUUUUGGUAGUUGUCAAAGAACAGAAAGGAUUUUCAACGGGUGUGUUAAGAGCAUGAGGACUGUCGAAAGAUUCUUAACACCUUCUUUAAGGUAGGUAAUUCUAAGUGCCAUAAUAGAUAUUAGGGCACCAUGGAAAAAGGGGAAGUUUUAAGUAAAGAAAGAACGAGCAAGUGCCUUAAAAACAACAGCAUGAUCUUGUACGUUGUUUGCCAAAGUCAACAUGGGUUCCUAGAAUCUUGUCUUGUCGGAAAGCAAACGUCGUCGUUGGUUUUUCUUCUCUCUAGUCUCUUAAAACGACGCCGCUCUCUGUCUCUGUCCCUCGUUUCUGAAUUUUGUUUUCCCUAGUCAGGAGGUGGAGCAUAAACCCUUCAAAACCUCGGCUCUACGAAAAGAGAAAUCCCCAAUUUUGUUAGUUGAAUGAUGUUCAAUUCUUCAAAUUAGGGUUUGUUUCUAUUGAAUUGUUUUCAAAUAAAUGUCAACGGAGGGGUAUCUUUGGUUUCUUCACA